AACUACUCAAAGCUUUUGAUAUAGACGAAGCAGUUGACUGUGAUCCCAGCGAUAUCAUAACCUUUAACAUUGUUCCUAUUCGCAGGCGAGUCAGCGUGCUUUUAACUCAUUUGUUCAAUUUUUGCAUUCACAUAUAUAAACUGGAAAAUAACUUGCCAAAUAAUCAAUAAGAAUGUCACAAGAUGAUAAGAAAGGAAGCUUGAAAACAACCGCUCCUGGCCCGGUCAACGAAAAGGCAUCUGAGACCAAAAUGAUGAUUGAUAAACCAACUGAAAAGGGUUCCUUGUUGACUCUUAUAGUGUGUAUAAUGGGAUUAUAUGGAUCAUUUUUAUCGUGGUCGGUAUUGCAAGAACGAAUCAACACCAAGCCAUAUGGAUUUGACUUAGUUACCCAGGAACCAAUAUUUUUCAAGGCGCCUCUUGUUAUUAAUACAGCACAAGCAUUAUUUGCAGCCUUUGUUGGGUUUAUAUAUUCGUUGAUUUCAGAUAGAUCAGUGCCCUUUAGCAUUUUCACAUCCAAUAAAAGAUCUAUUUCAUGGCAAUAUAUGAAAUCAUUCUUUUUGAUCUCACUCACGUCCAGUUUGUCUUCGCCAAUAGGAUAUCAAUCCUUGAAACACGUCGAUUACUUGGCCUUUCUAUUAGCAAAGUCAUGUAAAUUGAUUCCGGUGAUGUUGAUCCAUACAUUAUUUUAUCGUACGAAAUUCCCAUUAUACAAAUAUUUGGUGGCUGGCUCAGUAACAUUAGGAGUUGCGGUUUUCACAUUAGCAAAUCUUAAUAGUAAAAAAUCCAAAGGCUCAGUUAACGAUGGCCGCGUUCUUUUGGGUGUUUGUCAAUUAGUUGGAUCAAUGGUUUUGGACGGGUUAACCAAUUCAACCCAAGAUCACUUGUUCAAAUUUCAAAAUCAAGUCAUUGCUCAAAAUAAUUCCAUGAAAAAAGUAGUGAAAGUAACCGGUGCCAACUUAAUGUGCAUCCUCAACUCAUUUGUCUUUGUCUACACCUUGUUCUACACCGUUAUUUUCAAGUUUGAUGCCGAAAUCAUGUACUCUUUGAAUUUCAUCAGCGAAUACCCACAAGCUUUAAUUAACGUGCUUGCGUUUGCUGCUUUAGGUUCCAUUGGUCAAGUCUUUGUCUUCAUCAUCCUAGAAAAAUUCGAUUCUUUAAUCUUGGUCACUGCUACAGUCACCCGUAAAAUGAUUAGUAUGAUCUUGAGUGUUGUAUUAUUCGGCCAUUACUUGAAGUUGUCCCAAUGGUGCGGUGUUGGUCUUGUCUUUGGUGGAAUUGGAUACGAAGCCUGGAUCAAACUAAACAGUAAACCAAACAAGACCAAAAAAGAGUAGUUUUAUAGAUUUUAUAGCAUCUUGUAAAUAUAUGUAAAAAUAC